CCCACCAAUCACUGACCAGCUUCCCCGCAUCGUCACCGCCCUCUGAAGGCGCAAUUUAGUCCCGAAUAACGGAAAAGCGCUUAGAAUUUUUUUGACCGUUCGGUACUAACUCGUUUCGAUAGGUCUUUGUUCGGUUCGGUGUCGGUGAGCUGCCACUCUGCGGUCUGCCAUGUCUCCUUCGCGGGUCUGAGCAGACACUGGAAGCGGACAAAGGGAAAUGCAUCUCCGGAGCGCUGAACCUGUUCCGUCUCGCCCAGCACAAAGCCUGUGAAGCAGGCCGUGUUUCUCCUCGCAGCCACAGGCAGAUGAUGCUCAAACAUGUCGGGGAAUCAUUUCAAAGGCCACGAAGUCAGUUGCUGCAUCAAAUACUUCAUUUUUGGCUUCAACAUCCUUUUCUGGCUGCUGGGCAUGGCCUUAGUAGGGAUUGGACUGUGGGCAUGGAGUGAGAAGGGGGUCCUAUCCAACAUCUCGUCCAUCACCGACCUGGGGGGCCUUGACCCUGUGUGGCUCUUCAUGGUGGUUGGAGGGGUUAUGUUCAUUCUGGGCUUUGCCGGCUGCAUUGGAGCUCUUCGGGAAAAUACAUUUUUGCUUAAGUUUUUCUCUGUGUUUCUGGGAAUCAUCUUUUUCCUGGAGUUGACAACAGGAGUUCUGGCCUUUGUUUUUAAGGACUGGAUUAAGGACCAACUCAACCUCUUCAUCAACAACAACAUUCGGGCAUAUAGGGACGACAUCGACCUACAGAACCUCAUCGAUUUCACUCAGGAAUAUUGGGAGUGCUGUGGCGCAUUCGGAGCGGACGACUGGAACCUGAACAUUUACUUUAAUUGCACUGAUGGAAAUCCCAGUCGGGAAAAAUGUGGGGUUCCCUUCUCCUGCUGCACCAAGGACCCUGCGGAGGAUGUGAUAAACACUCAGUGUGGCUAUGACAUCAGAGCAAAACCAGACUCGGAGCAGAAGGACUACAUCAAUGUGAAAGGCUGCGUUCCUCAGUUUGAGAGGUGGCUCCAGGAUAACCUCACCUUGGUGGCUGGGAUCUUCAUUGGAGUGGCAUUAUUGCAGAUUUUUGGGAUUUGCUUGGCCCAGAACUUAGUGAGUGAUAUCGAGGCAGUGAGGGCGAGCUGGGUGCCCCCCCCUCUGUCCAUGCAUCGACCCCCACCGUACUCUUGCAAGAAAUCAUCGGCUUACUACUCAUGAGACAGCUUCUUUACCUAAUGCUGGCGGAACUCUUCUCUAACAGCUUGAACGUGAAACGUACCCCCAGCCACCGGUACUGUCAGCAAGCACCGCCGGACAACACCCCCGAUCUCCAUGUCCGACACUCUACCAGCACUUUUUUUAAAGGAACUAAAUAUGUGAAAGGUUUUGUAUACUAUUACUGUAUGACUACUGAUGAGGACUUUUCAAAGAUUGCACUUAGCACAUUCUAUCACAUCCUACUGAAAUAAACACUGGAGAAGUGCUGACUGACAGAAGGCCAAGACAAAGACUAAAUAAGGAACUGAGAUGACUGUUUAAGUACCACCAUGUGUACUGAAGAGAACAGCUAUCCUCACUGUAUCCAGAGUGUUUUUUUAUUGGUUAAGUCAAUCUGGGUGGAUAUAUUUCAGGUUUGUCCUUGAACACAGAAAUAACAUUGUUUUGCUAUUCUGUUAAUGUCACUGAUAAAAUACACUCACUGACCAAAACAAUUUAAUAUUCAAGUUAAAUCCCCUUGGGAUACAAGUACAAACUGACCUGAACUCAACUGAAAUUCCAGAAGGAAUAUAAUCUUGUCCACAUGCAGACCAGUGACAGAUGUGCAAAUGGCUUGAUUUGCAAUACACUUGCAUGUUUAGAACAAGGUAGAGAGAGCAGAAGUAUUACAAGUAGUUGCUGGAACAUCCCACAGUUAAAACAGCAAGUGAAUGUUAAAGUUUAAACUAUGGAAACAGACAGCAGUUUAACUCACAGUUUAAUUCAGGUUGCAUUAUCUAGUCUGCAAAGGGUCACAGGGAAAUGACACUAUGGUGAACACAGUAAUGCAUUUUACACCACUUUAAGAGCAUCUCUAUUCAGGGCCUUAUCUUUUAUACAGAUAUCUCUCAUCAAUCCUCUAAAUCUGCAUUGUCCCAGAUGUCUGAUGGUAUCAGCCACUGCUGCCCUGAGGCUGAUACCAUGAUAUCAUUGGCCCCCUGACACCACCAGCAGGCAAGAUAAGUGAAGUGUGUUGCCCAAGAACACAAUGAAUAAGACAGAUGGAGCAGGGGUACAAACUUGCAACCCACCAGUUACAGGAUGAAUCCCACGACUUUUACAACUGUUUUGUAGUUUUACUCAGAUCUUCACCAUAACAUCAGGCUAUAGGUCCCAGAGCAGGCCCAGCACUAACCCUUCUGCGGUUUUAAGAGAUGGGGUCACUCAUGCUGUUGAGACCUAGAGAUUAUGCUGCAAAAAUAUCAGACACAAUCCAUCCAUUUUGUCUCAAAACACCCGCUUGUCUGUGUAAACCCAGAUGGCGCUGGUGACUGUCUCCACCGGUCAUUGGGUGAAAGACAGGGUAUAUCCUGGACAGGUUGUCAGUCCAUCACAGGGCAACACAGAAACACACAACCACACACUAUUUUGUCUGUAAGGAUAAUUUAGAUAAAACACCUUACCUAAUGUUCAUGGAACUUUGGACAAUUUUGGAAGCCAUAGUACCCCAAGACAAGCCAUGUAAACAGGGAAAAAUUGCAAACUUUUAACUUGAUCUAGGACCUUCUUUCUGUAUCACACAUCCUACACACAAAAAAUGUAUCCACAAUACCAGUCUGAGGCACAAAUGCUUUUCAUCUACAUUGUGCUGCAGUGGUUUGAAGUGAUUCAUUCAUUCUGAUGAACAGCUUUAUUUGGAGUCUUGGUGGGUAAAUUCACUUGCCUCUCCCUCCAGAUCCCAACAUAGAAGUGCUAAGGCUUGAUGCACACUAACUGAUGUGUGACUGUCAUCUUGCCUUUACUGCAUCUUUUAUCAUAAGGAGUAAAACUGAGUGACAAUUGUUUUUUCCUGGCUAAGCUCGAGUUGCGUGUUUUCAGAUGGAAUGUGUAUACUCACGUAUAUAAAUAGGUUGAAAUCCCACAAUCUGAGUUCUCCCUCUUGUGAAUACAUAAUUUUAUGUUGUGCAUAUUUUCAGGCUUCAUUUAGUCUACCUAUUAAUAUAAAUGGGGACUUGUCCAGAUAGGGGUCUUGUACUCCCCUUCAUGUUCUUAAUUCCACAUUGAUUGGGGUGUAGAGAGGAAACAUGUCUCUGGUUUCAUUUAUCUGGAUAGAAGUGUACGCUGUGUUUCAGUUGGAAAUUCAAGCAAGCCUUUGUACAUGAGGCCCAGCUCCUCUGAGCACUAAAGAGCUUUUAUCAAUGAUGUAUACUAUUAGGUAUUACAACUUCCUUUUUAAUUCACAGACCCUCAGCACCAUGACUCAAACUACAGAGCCCUCUGGGCUUAGUAGUAGUUUUCCUUUUUAACUAAAUUGAUCGACAAAUAUCAUUAAGUAUCAGUAAUUUUAAAGCAGUUUUUCCUUCUUUUCCUUUCCACAGGGAAACACAGAAACACACAACCACACACACUUUCUACAUGCUAUAGAUUUAGAAUUGACUAGGUGAUCAAUUCUAAAUCUACAGCAUAAAAUAAUCAAUACUCCCAGGUCACUAUGUUCUCUGCUGCUAUAAGACCAUAUUUUUUACAGAAUAGACAUUCCUCCAGCAUAAUGAACAACCCAAACAGAUCUAUUCACAAGGAACCCAUCUAGUUAAUUUUAAAUCAACAGAAAAUGAAUAAAAAAUAAUUCAAUAACUGGGCUUUAUUAGAAAAACCGCCUGCAACUGUUUAAAGAAGUUCAAAUUAAAAAACCCCAAGGGAGUAUAGUACACAUGACCGGUUUCUUGAUCAACUUUGGAUGCCUAAAGGUUCUGGAAAACCCCAUUAACCAUUUCUUUAAAGAAAAUUGUAUGAAAAUAUGUUGAAGUCAUCACUCAGAAUGUAUGUAGGUGUAUAGCCCAUCCUGAUGAGAGCUAAUGUUUUACCGAACAGCUUCAGUGAAGCUGAGAACUUUGGUGAUCAGUUGUUUUUAUAUAUCAGUGAAAUGAGGAUUUUCUGACUGUGCUCAGUGUUUUACAUGACAGCAUUUGUGAACUCAAAUUAAAAAAGUGGUACUUUCA